CUCACAACUUUUCCCUUCCCUGUCUUCUCUCCCCACCACGCAUCUCUCUCCAAUGUCUCCAUGGGAAUUCAUCAAUUUAUCCAUCCUGGCCCGCCACGAAAUUCAAUCCAGCCGUGGAACAUGACUAGCGUCUUCAUUGAUAAGCUUCCAAUCGUGGUUACUUCCAGGGAACAGGCGAGACCGUUGCUAGUCUAUGUGGACUCCGGUUUCUGACUAUGCCUCUACUCGUAUCUUCUCCGGACUUCAUUCCGGGAUUUUACUGGAAAAGAAUUCCGGCCCAAAGUACACCACCACUUCUUCAGGGGAAGACACAGAAGAGAACAAGCCGUGCAGCAGCAAAAGGAAUAUGCAGUUGGCUGGUGAGGCAUUAAUAGCACCACCCCAAGGCUGGAUUGUACAUGCUCACGUGCAUGGACAAAUUCCAAAAGCAGACGGAUGCAUUGCUAUCUGCACAGGGAACAGAGACAAAAACAAAGGAAGGAAAGAGGCAAAGAAGCCUGAUGAGGCAGUGUUGUCGCCUGGAGACCUGACGAUCCUCGCUCUCCGCCGCCGCCCGCUCGUUUUUCCCUGCGGAUGUACAUCUGAGACCAUAUGCUGUAGGACAGCGUUAGACGGUUUCUCUCAUUCGCAGCCGCAUCCCAAGACCAUGGUUCAAGAGAAAAGCCACCUGCAACUUGCGCUGCCGGCGUUUUCUGCUUGACAUCCAAUAGACAAUCUUGAUCUCCUCGAGAAACUGUUGGUUUUUUGCCAUCGUUACGAAUUCCCGCUAAU